AUGACCCCAGCCCUGGAUUUACUUUGCUCAGCAAUUAGAGAAAGUGACUCUGAAACCCAAAGCAAACACUUUGCAGAGCAGCUGCUUCACCUCACACUGUCUUUCCUUAACAAGCAAAUAAGAGAGCUUUUUCUCCACACUGAAGAGCUCGAUGAACGUUUACAGAAAGGAGUGGCUAUUUUGACGAGCCACAUCAAUGAACUUCGGACUUUUAUGAUAAAGUUUCCUUGGAAGCCAGGAGAUGCCAUAGAUGAAUCUGAUGUAAAUGAAGAUGUCCUCACAGUGAAGGAGGGCCAGGUUUGGGAGGAACUCAGCUUUGAGGAAGUUAUUGCUGAUGCCAUUUUAAAUAACAGAAUACCAGAGGCACAGACUUUCUUCAGGAAGACUGGUCAUUCCUCUCAGCGACUGGGGGAACUGGUUAGGAUAGGCCUAGAUUUGGCAUUUGACAGUUUGAAAAAGAACAACAUGGAAGAGGCCUCCAGGCUCCUGAGGAACUUGGGCUUCAGUGUGGAAGAUGAGUUGCUUAAGAUAUGCUUUUAUACAACUGAUAAAAACAUACGGGACUUUUUGACCAAAGAUGAGUAA